AAUGUUUUGACCUAUUGUAUCUUACUUAAAGGUGCUUAUGCGCCUGCGUUUGAGAUACCUGUUUGGUGCCUUUUUAGCAUUUUGGGCAAUUUCGAUAAUUAUCUACGUGCACAAAAUUAGCCUGGAGAAACCUGAGAAUUACGAAGCUGACUUAUUACUAACACUUGAGACGAAUUUAUGCUCAAAGACUAAAGAUUUCAACUUCACCUCAUCUCUUGGCAAUAAUUUGGAAAAUUUGAAGCGAUUUUCUUACUUAGUUAAACAGAGAACAGAUGAACUGCUUCUUUCAAGUGAUGCAAAAGAUAAAAAUGGGAUUGCCCUGAAGCUCCUAAAUUCUGUGUUUGAUUUCGUGGCGGUUGAAUCUGGGAAGUACCCGCAAUUAAAUCGUCCAUCGCAUUCCCAUGAGUUGUUAGAGUCUUCCGUUUCGAUCCAGCGACGAUUAUAUUAUCUGCAGUAUCCAGUUAAUUGCCGGAAUGCCGCCAAAAUCAAUUGCAAUGUGUUCAAAAAUUGUGGAAUCGGUUGCCAGAUUCACCACCUUGUAUACUGUCUAUCAGUCAGUUUCGCUCUCAAUCGGACUCUUGUCUUUGAAAACAAUCAACAGCAAUCGGAAACCUUGAUAAACUGGGGUGACUUUUUCCUUCCGUUCUCUAGCUGCUCUACUAAAGACUACAAACAUGCGCCUUUACAAUGGUCUCUGGCAACCAAAGACAUAUCUGUCAUAGACUUGCCACUGGUAGAAGUUUUGAACCCGAGGCCGAGUUAUUUACCCUUAGCAAUACCUGAAAGUGUUCACGACAAUAUCAAAUGUUGUCACGCAAAACCAUCUGUAUGGUGGAUCGGACAGUUAGUAUCCUUCAUAAUGCGGCCGAAUAGACGUUUACAAAAACGGAUAAAGUUGACUGAAGAAAAGCACAAAUUUAAAAAUAAAAUGUACAUGGCGUGUCAUAUAAGGAGAACUGACAAAGUAGGCACAGAGGCGAAGUUGCAUCAUGUGUAUGAAUAUAACCAAGCACUUUUCGAGGCCCAUAAAAUGUUGAAAAGUAGUAAAGGGUUCCGAAAUAUUUCGAAGACCGUUUUUGUUGCUACGGAUACGUUUGACACAGUUCAAGAAUUCCGAACAGACUUCAAAUUUUUUGAUAUUGUUGCGGACGAAGAAAGCAUAGAUUCAGCUGCAGUUAUGAAACGAAAAGCUAAAACUUCUAUUUUCAAAGCUAUUGUCGAUAUUUUUAUACUGUCUAAAUCGCAAUAUAUAGUGUGCACGUUUUCAUCCCAAUUUUGUCGGCUGGCGUACGAGUUGAUGCAAAGUAGAGAGACUAUGGAUAUGUCUUGGAGAGUUGAAUCUCUUGAUGAUUUGUACUAUUUUGGGGGCCAAAAUGAACAUUUUUGGGAGGCCAUUGCAAACCAUACCUCAAAAGGCGUGAACGAAAUGUCUCUGAGAAUAGACGACAAGGUGAAAGUAUCCGGUGACUUGAGGAAUGGCUUCAUGGUCGGAACUAACCUGCGCACGAAGCGAGAAGGGUUGUUUCCUGCUUAUAAAGUGGAAGAAAGAUUCGAAACUUAUAAAGAUAUACUCAGAUAGUAAGUUGAACGUUAAUCGAAUGGGUUUUAAGAUCUCAGUUUGUUUAAGACAAUCUUUUCUUUUACGCCUAAGUCACGUUCUUGUUGUUGGUCCAAUUGAGAUUUUGAUAGCCAUCCGUUUAACUUUUGGCGAUAUUAGAUAACUUAGUAAUUUAUAGCACAGUUCCGCUGUUUUUAAAUUCAUUUGUAGAUAGAACAUUUAAACCUUCGUGUGUAUAUCAUGUUAUUUUUAAAGUUGUA